AUGCAGGAGACAACGAAAGAUUACAAGAAGUCCAUCUUACCGAAACACGCGGGGUUGAACAUAAUCGACAUUCGUAACGCUGAGCACGACCCUGAGCUAAAAGUGCAACCCAUGCUUGAGCUAUCAACCAUGGGUGGGGAGGAGUGGAUUCCUUUCGACGACGAGAGGAUGGAUCAUGAGGUUGCUUACAUGGCAGGGAAGAUUGAAAAAGGCAGGGUAUUCCGCAAGACAGACUGGGGUGGAGGUGACAUGCGCGUGGAACUUUAUGUUCACGGCGGUGUCAAGAAGAAGAAGAGAAGGGUGGGUGAAAGGGUUGAUGUUGUGGAGUGUGACGGAGAGGGGCCUUCUAUGAAUCAGGGAGGAGAUGGUCAUUCGGGUGGCUGUUCGGAAAGGCCCGUAGAUAUAGUUGUUGCCCGUCUGACUUUGGAGGUUGAGACUUUGAAGAAUGAGAUUGUUUUGUUGAAGAAAACUGUUAGGUCACUUGUUAGGCGAGUUGGUCGCAGAAGGGGUAGGAAACGUGACUCUGUUAGGAAACAGGGUGUAGCUUCUCAACAGGGUGGAGGUUCUCCACAUGGUGGAGGUUCUGAACGGGAUGUUGAUGGUGGUGAAGAUCGUGGAGGAUCUCAACAAGGUGUUGGAAGUCCUAACAACCAGGUUGGCGAUGAUGGGUCGGAUGAGUUGCAUUUGAUGAGAGAGGAAGUAGUAGCUCAGAAAAGCGGCGAUGAUGACAGUUUCUCGUCUGACGAGGCACCACGGUUGUUAGUUAGGAUGAAGCAAGGAGACGGGAUCCCUCUGCAGUGGGCGGAUGGUGGGAGGCCGAGUCCGGACGGUAAUGUUUUAUACGACGGCACGACUAGCAACACCUACUUCGUUGCUGAUAGUCAGGUAGGUUUAGGCGGGGGUGGUCCAUUGGGCGUGUUAGCCAAUGUUAACCCACUUAGUUACGUUGAUGGGCAGGAUAGUAGCUUCGUAGCCGAUGAUAUAGGUGGCCGCAGUCCCGGUAACAAGUUAACAGUUGAGGAUGCUGAGAGGUUGGAUGUUGUUGUUCAGGGUUACAUUGGGACGUCUGAAGCUACGGCAAGCAAGAGUGGGCCUGAGAUAUUCGUAGCUGGUAGCAACACGUACGUUGAUUUCGGGGUUUUGCAGGAACAAACAUCGGCUAAUUUAGUAGCCGGGGCGGCGGAUGCGGUAACAUCGCAUGAUAACCAGAGGGUCGAUAGUGAUCCCAUGACUCCUAAGGAGACCAGUGAUGGGGGAGAUGAUACGAGGGCGGCUGUACCCGUCGAGGGGAGUGAGUCUGGACCUGUUGGGGAGCAGAGGGUCGUUAGUGAUCCCAUGACUCCUAAGGAUACCAUUGAUGGGGGAGAUGAUACGAUUGAGGCUUUAGCUGUCGAGGGGAGGGAGAUGGUGUAUUGUGAUGCCCUGACUCCGAAGAACCCAAACGUUGGUGGGGAUGAGGAGACCGUGUCUGCAACUGUUGAUGAGAGUGUGGCUGGAACUGUUGGAGAUCAAGUGACUGUAAGCAGACCUGACAGUUGCUUCCAAACCUGUGAAGCUAGCAAGAAGGACACGGUACAGGUUGGUUUGGAAGUUGGGCCUAGUGUGUUAAUAGAGCCGCGCAGACCAGACCCUUAUGAAGUACCGGAAAUAGUCCCCACUGUGGAAGACUGUGAUUAUCCAGCCUUUAUAAAGGUUUUGGAAUCGGCACAGGAAGCCGUGCAUGCCAAGGCAGGAGGCAAAGACGACCUGAACAAUAAGUUUUUCAUUGAUCUAGCAACGUCUCAGGAUAUGUUGUCUGAUAAGGUUAGAUAA